UAGUUCUCUCUCUCCUCUUCCUCGAGGAGGUUUAUGAAGGGCUUUGAGACACAUCUCCUCCCUCUCCUUCAACCUCCUCCUUCUUCAUUCUCUCCAGAACUUUCUAAUGGUUACUUGCCUCAAAGGCAAGGCGUGAACAACCUUAAAUCCGCAAACUUUCACCCUAGAUCCUCUCCCUCGAUGUUGAAGCUCUUCUCCUCCUCCGCCGCUUCGCGAGCCCACCAUCUGACCCCGGCGAUUCGGACCGGGGCGAGCUCGGUGGAGUCUCCGCUGCUCAAAGCGCUGAGUCACUUCACCGGGUUGAAUCGGAGAUCGAACUCGCUGGGUGGUGGUGGUCGCCGUGUUUUCUUCUGCUCCGAUAACGCCUCCGACGCUGCUGCGGCUGAGGCCGAGGCGAAAGCGGCGGAGUCAGAUUCAGAUGGGUCUGAAUCGAAGUCUUCGUCGGCGAUUGUGCCCACUAACCCUAGACCCGAAGAUUGUUUGACGGUUCUAGCAUUACCGGUGGCACAUAGGCCUCUUUUCCCUGGGUUCUACAUGCCAAUCUAUGUCAAGGAUCCUAAAGUACUGGCAGCGUUACAAGAGAGCAGAAGACGACAAGCUCCAUAUGCAGGAGCUUUCCUUCUAAAGGAUGACCCAUCAUCAACUGACUCAUCUUCAAGCACUGACGUGGAGAAAAACAUAAAUGAGCUGAAAGGGAAAGAUUUGCUUAAACGGCUUCACGAAGUUGGCACACUUGCUCAGAUUUCAAGUAUCCAAGGGGAUCAAGUUAUCCUCGUUGGUCAUAGACGGCUUCGCAUAACAGAGAUGGUGAGUGAAGAACCACUUACAGUCAAGGUCGAUCAUCUGAAGGAUAAGCCGUUUGACAUGGACGAUGAUGUCAUCAAGGCAACAUCCUUUGAAGUUAUUUCAACGCUUAGGGAUGUACUAAAGACAAGCUCACUGUGGAGGGAUCACGUCCAGACAUAUACCCAGCAUAUAGGUGAAUUCACUUAUCCACGGUUAGCGGAUUUUGGAGCGGCUAUAUGUGGUGCAAAUAAACAUCAAGCUCAAGAAGUUCUUGAAGAACUAGAUGUUCAUAAACGUCUGCGGUUGACACUGGAAUUGAUGAAAAAAGAAAGGGAAAUUAGCAAGAUUCAGGAAACUAUAGCAAAAGCAAUAGAAGAAAAAAUUAGCGGUGAGCAACGCCGUUACUUGCUAAAUGAGCAGCUCAAGGCUAUAAAGAAGGAGCUUGGUGUGGAGACAGAUGACAAAUCUGCACUGUCUGAAAAGUUUAAGGAAAGGAUUGAUCCUAACAAGGAAAAGAUUCCAGCGCAUGUGUUACAAGUCAUAGAAGAAGAGCUUACAAAACUGCAGCUGUUAGAGGCGAGUUCAAGCGAGUUUAACGUGACCCGUAACUACCUUGAUUGGUUGACCAUAUUGCCUUGGGGAAAUUACAGCGAUGAAAAUUUUGAUGUUGUGCGAGCACAGCAAAUUCUUGACGAGGAUCACUAUGGCUUAUCUGACGUUAAGGAAAGGAUACUUGAAUUUAUUGCGGUUGGAAGGCUUAGAGGCACUUCACAAGGGAAAAUCAUAUGCCUCUCGGGUCCUCCUGGAGUAGGUAAAACUAGCAUUGGUCGUUCUAUUGCACGUGCUCUUAAUCGCAAGUUCUUCCGGUUCUCUGUUGGAGGGUUAGCAGAUGUCGCUGAGAUUAAGGGGCAUCGCCGAACAUACGUUGGCGCCAUGCCAGGAAAGAUGGUGCAGUGUCUCAAGAGCGUGGGGACGGCUAAUCCUCUUGUUCUAAUCGAUGAGAUUGAUAAGCUUGGGAGAGGCCAUGCUGGUGACCCAGCCAGUGCUUUGUUGGAGCUUCUGGAUCCAGAACAAAAUGCAAAUUUUCUGGACCACUAUCUUGACGUUACUAUUGACCUCUCAAAGGUUUUGUUUGUGUGCACAGCAAAUGUGAUAGACAUGAUUCCAAAUCCUCUGCUAGACAGAAUGGAGGUGAUUAGUAUUGCUGGCUACAUCACUGAUGAGAAAGUGCACAUCGCAAGAGACUAUUUGGAAAAAUCAGCACGUGGAGAUUGUGGCAUCAAGCCUGAACAGGUUGAGGUGAGUGAUGCAGCUCUUCUUUCACUGAUAGAAAAUUACUGCAGAGAAGCAGGAGUAAGGAAUCUACAGAAACAGAUCGAGAAGAUUUACAGGAAGAUUGCUCUUAAACUAGUGCGCGAAGGAGUAGUCCCUGAAGAGCCUGCAGUUGCAGUUGAUACCGAAGAAGCUGAAAUUGUGACCAAACUUGACGUGGAAUCCACUGAGAACAACUCUGUCCCCGUUGCUAAAGAACCAAAGGAAGAGGCUCAAAACGAGAAGACAUCAGUUGAAAAGGUUAUGAUUGAUGAAUCAAACCUUGCAGAUUAUGUAGGCAAACCUGUGUUCCAUGCAGAAAAGAUCUAUGAGCCCACACCGGUAGGAGUUGUGAUGGGUCUAGCCUGGACAUCAAUGGGCGGUUCAACGUUGUACAUAGAGACAACUGUUGUGGAGGAAGGUGAAGGUAAAGGUUGCUUGAACGUAACUGGUCAGCUCGGCGAUGUAAUGAAAGAAAGCGCACAGAUCGCUCACACGGUCGCUAGAAAGAUCAUGCUAGAGAAAGAACCGGAGAACCAGUUCUUUGCAAACUCCAAGCUUCAUCUCCAUGUUCCCGCAGGAGCUACACCCAAGGACGGUCCAAGUGCAGGCUGCACUAUGAUCACAUCGCUGCUAUCGCUUGCCAUGAAGAAACCUGUUCAGAAAGAUCUUGCAAUGACUGGAGAAGUCACUCUAACUGGUAGAAUCCUUCCUAUUGGAGGGGUGAAGGAGAAAACCAUAGCGGCGAGGCGGAGUCAGGUGAAGACCAUCAUAUUUCCGGAGGCAAACAGGAGAGACUUUGAAGAGCUUGCGGAGAAUGUUAAAGAAGGGCUUGAUGUUCACUUUGUGGAUGACUAUAAAAAGAUCUUCGACCUUGCCUUUGUCUCUGACAACAAGCAACAAGACUGAGAGAAGUCACUUUGACCUUCUUCCUCUGUUGUUGUCUCCAUCUAUAAACAAGAAAACCAUUCUUGAUUCUUUCUUUGCUUUUUCUUUAUACUUUUGUCCCUUCAAGAAGGGGGUCAUGCUGUAACAAUUUUUUUUCAUAAUUAGGAUAGUUUAUUUAUGUGGUUGGGACCUCUUUCGUACAUUCCCACAGCCAGAUCAUUAUGCAUCAAAAUAAAAAUGUCUAUCUGCUUGUUAUACUAUGAACACAUAUUGGCGUUUGAAUUGCACUGUUGGUUACUUUUAACUUUA